AUGGAUGAUAGAGUUGUAUUGAAGAUUUAUUAUUACGGACAGAUCUUAUUGCAAACAUAUGAGGGAGUUCAAUUUGUGUGUGAAAAUUCAUUAGAUGUUGUUAUUCCGUUCACAUUGUCAUUUGAGAAGUUGAAAGGUGUGAUUUGUGAGAAGAUAGAUUCUCAAAGAUGUAGGAGAGUAUCGUGUAUUUUGUACAGGUAUCCUUUACCUGUGUUUGGUGGGUUUGUUCAAUUUCAGACCAAGUACGUGACGGACGAAGCGAGUAUGCAUGAAAUGUUUUCAAUGUACAUGGAAAAUCACCACCAAAUGUCGUGCAUCGAGUUAUAUAUUGAGUUUGAGAAAUCUGAAGCGAACCGUAACAUUGAAUUGAAAGAUUAUAAUAGUGAAAGCGAAGAUGAAUUUGAAAGUAACUAUGAGAUCGUCGGUCCAGGUGAAGACGAAGAUGAAGCUGGCGGCGCCAUGAACGCAGAUGUGGCAGAAGUUGCAAAUGCACUAGCAAACUCGCAUUCGUUUCAGGAGCCUUCUUUCAUGCGGUCGUUGGAUUUGGAGGCUAUGCACGCACCGGAGUUUCCGCAAUAUAUGAAUGCAGCGCCUCCUGUUGUGGCGGAUGGUGAGUUCACAGUGGGGAUGGAAUUCAGUUCAAGGGAGGCAAUAAUCAAGGCAAUGAAAGAUUAUACCAUCCGGAGAGGUGUGGACUAUCGGGUAUAUGAGUCGGAACCGACGACAUUCUAUGCCAAAUGUACAGAAUAUGAGAAUGGUUGUGACUGGUUGAUCAGGGUAACCAAAAUGCAGAAGAAGUACUGUUGGGAGAUAAGGAGGUACAAUGGAAGUCACACUUGUACCAGGUCUACUAUUUCUCAAGACCAUUCGAAGCUGGAUUCCAAGACAAUUGCAGAAGCAAUAAAGCCGUUGGUAGAGGUUGACCCGUCUAUAAAGGUGAAAUCAGUAAUUGAUGAUGUCCUGUCAAAGUUUAACUACACCAUCAGUUAUCGCAAGGCUUGGUUAGCAAAACAGCAGGCGGUCGAAUCAAUUUUCGGAAGUUGGAAAGCAUCGUAUGAAGCUUUGCCCAUAUGGUUUGAGGCCAUGUGCCACAAAGAGCCAUCAGCAGUGGUUCACUUUGAAACAAUGCCUGCUUACCAGGGGGAUGAUUUGGUUCCUGAUAUACGUGUUCUACAUAGAGUCUUCUGGAGUUAUUACCCCUGUAAUAAGGGCCUUCAGACACUGCAAGCCAGUGGUGCAGUCUCACAAGAUGGUAAUAACAACAUCAUGCCUAUUGCAUUUGCCAUAGUGGAGGGAGAGACUUCUGAUGCAUGGUACUUUUUUCUGAGCAACCUGCGUCAACAUGUGGUGACACGUGAUGGUGUGGGACUUAUCUCUGAUCGACACGAUUCGAUUAGGUCAGCUAUUGAAUGA